AACAAGCUGUUCAAACAGAGAGCACCUAUCAAACCUAAUAUUAUAAUCUGCUGCUUUUUUUCUUCUAGUAUACACUGCUGUCCAUCAGAAGAAAUAAUUAAUAGGUUUAUUAUGUAUGAAAGCAUCAUCCUGUCAGUUCAGUGCCAGGUUUGCAUAGCUCAUAUCAGCUACUCAUUGAUGCCAUGCAUGCUCACUGUCCCAAGAUAUGACAAAACACUACACCCUUUGGGAUUUUUUUUUCUCCUGUUCAAAAACAGCGUUUCACAUCUGUGUCUGACAGAAGCAUUAGAAGCAGAGAGGAGCAGACCCGUCAUCAUCCCUUACGAAUAUGAGGCUGAAGCAUGGGUGAAAAGUUAAGACAAAACCUGAAGUCCACUGAUCUUGCAUUAUAGUUUUUCAAAGCAACAUACAAUGUGGAAGCUACUGAAUUUAUAGGAAAACAAGAACUUUUCACUGUUGGAAUCAUCUACAGAAAACAGAUGGGAUUUACUGGUUGCUAAAGCUUUUACUCAGUUUUUAAUAAGUACUGAACACUUGAGUUAUCUGAGGUAUGUUCAUCUGCCUCUAUUGUUUGAAGAGAUGUGAAGUUCAGAGCUCCCUUUCUGGAACCGUGAAAGAACAGAAUAACCUAAAAUGGUGCAUAUAGAAUCCAAUCAAGUAUUCAGGAUGCCUGAGAAUCAAUUAGAAACAACCACUACCACAAAAGAAAGCAGCAGCAACGAAUAAAAAUGCUGUGGAGAAAGAAAUCACAAGCCACAGGAGAAAAAUGCACUUAAAUAGAAAAGCUUCCUACCUGAUGAGCGUCUUUCCAUAUAUUCAGACACAGCACAGAUAAAUGAGCUUCGAUCAAUAAGAUUCAAUCAAAUAUCUCCAGGUGUCUUCAAAAAUAUUAUCAAGUACAGAAAACAUUCUUAAUAUCCUGAUGAUAAUACACUAAGAACAAGAAUGGAAGUAAAUUCAACCUUUGUAAACAGUACUUCUGUCAACCAUAAACAGUUAGAAGGGCAUAGCCUUUGGGAAGUCAUUACAAUUGCCACUGUCACCGCGAUUGUAAGCCUAAUAACCAUAGUGGGAAACAUUCUUGUAAUGAUAUCCUUCAAAGUCAACAGUCAACUCAAAACUGUUAACAAUUAUUACUUGCUCAGCCUUGCUUGUGCAGACCUCAUCAUUGGAAUAUUUUCUAUGAAUCUUUACACAUCUUAUAUACUAAUAGGCCAUUGGUCUCUUGGAAGUCUGGCAUGUGAUCUGUGGCUAGCAUUGGACUAUGUAGCUAGCAAUGCCUCAGUAAUGAAUUUGCUAGUUAUCAGUUUUGAUCGAUACUUUUCCAUCACAAGACCUCUAACCUACAGGGCUAAGCGCACACCCAAAAGGGCCGGCAUUAUGAUUGGUCUAGCUUGGUUAAUUUCCUUUAUUCUGUGGGCACCACCAAUCUUAUGCUGGCAGUAUUUUGUGGGAGAACGAACUGUCCCAUCUGAAGAAUGCCACAUACAAUUUUUGUAUGAACCCAUUAUCACCUUCGGCACUGCAAUUGCUGCUUUCUACAUCCCAGUGUCAGUGAUGACUAUUUUAUAUUGCCGCAUUUAUAAAGAGACUGAGAAACGUACCAAGGACCUUGCUGAACUUCAAGGCUCUGAGUCUGCGGCAGAGCCUGAGAUGAUAAAACCCCAGAAAGCUCUUCUGAAGUCCUGUUUUAGUUGCAAGCAACAAAAUUUAGCCAAAAGGGAGAGGUGUCAGGCUUCAUGGUCUUCAUCCAGUCGAAGCACUUCAGCCACUGCAAAAGUACCUCAAACACCAAAUACUUGUAAUGAUUGGUCUAAGGCAGACCAGCUAACCACCUGCAGCAGCUACGCAUCCUCAGAAGAAGAGGACAAACCUGCCACUGAUUCAGUUUUUCAAGUAACUUACAAGAGUCCAGCCAAAGAUAAGAAAGAAGAGUUUAAUGAGGAGGAGAAUAAGGAAGUUUUUAUCAAAGACCACCCUAUGGAAAAUGAUUUUGAGACUCAGAAAUACUUUCUAUCUCCAGCCAAAAGCCAAGUGCAAAAAAGUCCAAAAUGUGUAGCCUAUAAAUUCCACUUGGUGGUUAAGGCUGAUGGCACCCAGGAAACCAACAAUGGUUGCCGAAAAGUAAAAAUAACUCCUUGUUCUGCUGCUUUAUCAAAGGACCCUUCCAUCAAAAGCAUGGAUCCAAAUUUAAGUAACCAAAUCACUAAAAGGAAAAGAAUGGUCCUUAUAAAGGAGCGCAAAGCAGCCCAGACUUUAAGUGCCAUUCUUCUAGCUUUUAUCAUCACUUGGACUCCCUACAAUAUAAUGGUAUUAGUCUCCACAUUUUGCUCAGACUGCAUUCCUCUAACACUGUGGCACCUUGGAUAUUGGCUGUGCUAUGUGAAUAGCACUGUUAACCCUAUUUGUUAUGCUCUCUGUAACAAAACUUUCAGAAAAACUUUCAAGAUGCUACUCUUCUGUCAAUGGAAAAAGAAAAAAGUGGAAGAGAAGUUGUACUGGCAGGGUAAUACCAAACUGCUAUAAUUGAAAUAUACAAUGAGAGGCAAACAUAAAAAGUAUGUAGUGACAUUGUCCAUGCAUCGUAAAUUGGCUGCAGUUCUUUCUUUUCAAAGUUGUUGCUUUACAUGUCUGGAGACAAAAAUUCCCGCACAGAAAGGCCAAAUUUUGCAUAAUGACAGUCUUGUGCAUGGGUUCCAGAGGAAAGCAGCAGCUGCUAUGAGUGUCUAUGGGUGUCUGCAGUCACGCAAUGGAGCUGCAUUACUGUCAACAUCUUAGGGGCCUGUGGUGUUCCCUUUCAGCCAGAGAACUAGUAGAGUGAAUCACAAACCCCUGGAAAUUAGCGAUGGAUAGACCUAUUAGGUCAUCCAGUCCAUCUCCCUGCAGUUGCAAGGCUGUUUUCCUGUGUAUUUUCUAGUGUUUUGUCUAUUCUAGUUUUAUACAUCCCUGGACCUUGCACUACUUCCCUUGUGACACUAUUCCAUAGCCUGAUGAAAUGGCACAAGGACCAUCUAAAAGUGAAAACAGUAGUGCGCAAAAUAAAGCUUUGGGGGAUCUUUUGGAUCCCAAAUGGGCAAAUCUGUUGAAGGCAAGUAUAAAGCUAAGAAAAUGUUCUAUUGUAGGAUAACUUUUCUGGGUGGAGGGAGGACUCAUAGGUCAUGUAAUGCAUAAUGUUACAUUGGUGUAAUAUUAAGAACCCAAUGCCCAUACCAAGGCUAUUAUACAAGUUACUAUCACCUGGAAACAAGUAGUUAGCAGAAAUUUCUGAAUUUUUAUUUCUUCAUAUACCUGGUGGGGUUAUUUUAAAGUCACUAUACCAGUGCAAAGUGAUGGUGCAAAUUAGAAUCUCUUCUUUAACUCCACUACGCCCCCUCAGAAAAUCUACCUUUAGUUUAAUGAUAUACAGAACACAGGAAAAAUAUAAACUGAUGUCGUGCAGUCAUCAAUAUAUCAUGAAGUUAUUAAAAAUACUGAGAAAAUUGGUAUUGCUGGAAGAUGAAAAUAAGAUUUUUUGUGACUCACCUCUGAUAGUUUCUAUAUUAAUCUUAAUAUUAUUUAGCACUUAUGCAGCACUUUUGAUCUUCAAAGAACUUAACAAAUUAAAUUGCCUAAUUAAUUUGUUUGGAAUUAUAUGUUCUCUUUGGCCAGAUCUUUUGGGCUGGUCGAACUGCUGGGCGAGGGGAAAGGUGGCUGUUAACCAUCUUUGUGGCUCCUGUAUUCUGGGGCCAGCAUGUGCAGGCCCUGAGCCCAGGUGCAAGUUAGUGCAGGACACAAGGGGCUGUUCCAGGAACUGAGGUUUGCUGGGGCCUAAGGAUCCCCCAGUAAUGCCUCUCCUGAAAGGAGGAGUGGGGUGUUCAAGGUGGCAUUGUGGUUUGGGGCUGCAUGGAGGAUUCCGUUUGACAGGAGAUCUCAUAUAGAUGGAUUCACUGUCAUUACGGCCACUUGCAGCACAAAGCUGCUGAAGUGAGGUAAUGAUCUGGCUCACUGCAGUGUAAUAAAAUCAAGUGUCAAAAAACCCAGGAGGAAACAAAGGAAAUGGCAACAGAAAUCAGAGGGUAUAAGAAAAGACUGAGAAUAAUUAAGUGUUUAUAAAAAGAUGACAAAAUAAAGGUCCUGUAAGGAAUUACAAAUACUGCACUAGAGAUGAGCCCAGGGUUCAAAUCCAGAUCUAUCUAGCCUUUAUCAAACUUCAGGGGUAUUUGGAUCUAGAGUUUUGAUUUGGGCCCAUCUCCAUACUGCAUGUCACAAUAUACUUAACAUGAUAAUACAGUGUGACAUGAAAUACUUGCACAGUGCAGAGAUAAUGCAGCAGAUUUUGUGCUAGUUACCCUGAAUUUGUCAUUGUUUUCAGUGAAGUUUGUUUUUAGUGGAGCUGGCCUAUAAUUUAGUUAAUGGUAGUUAUCAUGAAAGACAUGUUUUUUCUAUAACUAUCCAAGUAAUUCAUGUAAAUGACCACUGUGUAAGUAAUUUUUUUAAUAUUCCUAAUUUUCAAAGGGAAAAUAUAUGUCAAUGAAAGGCUAGCAAUAUGUGAAAAAAUGUAUUUUGAAUUCAACAUGAUUGAUUUUGAAGUAUAUUGUAUUGUCCAAGUAAUUUCUGGUACUUUAGCAUAUGAUUAUUAAAGGGAAGUAUGGGUUUUUAUGAAGACCCUUUUUUUGAUUUAGCUCUGUCACCAUUCAGAACUUCUUCUGUGUAUAGUGAGUGGCUCUUAUAGUGGGUUGAUCUUAUUUUGCAUUGGAUCAAACACAUAAAUAGUGUGUUUGAUUCAACACAAUAUUAAUGUGCACAUCUGUGACAAAAGCUAUAGUAAAGCCAAAUGUAUAAGGCUGUACGAGUUCUUGCUAGCUGCAAUGUUGUUGCUAAAGUAAAGCAUUGGCUUCUACUUCUGAAGUUAAAUGGGAUAUUUUUGUUGUCCCUUUUGGGCUUCUGUUAAACAAGAGUGUUUUGUAAAUGUUUAUGGACUCUGUGCUGAAUAGAUGUAUAAGAUAGAUUAUACAGUGAUGGAUGCAACUAUGUCAGUUCAAUGUAAUUGUGAAAUGUGUGCUCAAACUAUGCUGCUAGCAUCUGAGACAUUACAUUACCAAACUGCAAGGUACGUUGUAAAUACCUGGAAUUAUAUAAAAGAAAUAUAGGAUGUUUAUGCUUUCCUGUUAUGUAGUAUGGUAACAUGAACCUCAACAAAACAUAAUUUAGUUAUUAAUUAUACCUUGUUUCAAGUUCUGUAAAGCUCCCUUUUAAACUUAAUGUAGACUAAAAAGCUUACUUUAUCUGGA